AUGGCUGUCUCGGUGACAACAUCGCUCUCUUAUCCUGAGACGAUCACUCUCACAACCCUCUCAGGCGUUGGCCUCGCCAUCCUCGCGAACACCCUCCGUGGCAAUGGGGAACCCCUCAUUGCAUCUCUUGCGCUCUCUAUCCUCGGCUUUGCGCUUUGCUACUCCAUGAUACGCUGGCUAGGCCCUACGUUUAUGCGCGCUGGCUUCCGCGGUCGGGACAUGAGCAAGCUGCAACGUACUGAGAUUCCAGAGUGCAUGGGCGCUGUGUGCGCUGCCGUCUAUCUCCUCACCGUCAUCGUGUUCAUCCCCUUUCCCUUCUACAAGGAUAUUGUUGCGGCUACCAGUGGCGGCGGAAAUCGAGAUGUCGUCGUUGAGCUUGAGUCUCAGAAUAUCAACCAAGGGCGUUUGCUACAUCGCUUUCCUCAUAACAAGCUCGCUUCUUUCUUAAGCGCCAUCAUCUCCCUGCAGACAAUUGCUCUUCUUGGUAUUGGCGAUGACCUCUUUGACAUUCGUUGGCGACACAAAUGGUGGAUUCCCGGUCUCGCCUCGAUCCCCCUUCUCGUCGUUUACUUUGUCGACUUUGACGUUACGUCUAUUGUCCUGCCUCUCCAGCUGCAACCUUAUCUCGGCGAGCUCUUCGACUUGGGCGCUCUCUACUAUGUAUACAUGGCCUGUAUUGCCAUGUUCUGUCCCCAGAGCAUCAAUAUGCUCGCGGGCAUCAACGGCAUUGAGGUCUCGCAAUGCGUCGUCAUCGCACUCCUCCUCAUCCUGAACGAUUGCUUGUACCUACUCACGCCCUAUCCUCAUCCUGCCACCGACUCCCACUUAUUCUCACUCUACUUUCUACUCCCAUGGCUCGGGGUCUCUUGCGCCCUGCUCCUUCACAACUGGUACCCGGCCAAGGUCUUUGUUGGCGACACGUACUGCUACUUCUCGGGCAUGGUAUUCGCCGUUGUCGGUAUCCUCGGCCACUUUUCAAAGACGCUUGGACUCCUCCUUGUUCCUCAAAUAUUCAACUUUCUCUAUUCAUGCCCUCAAGUCUUCGGCUUGAUUCCGUGCCCUCGCCACCGACUUCCGCAUUUCAAUGCUCGGACCGGUCUCCUCGAGCCUUCUGUAACUCCAUGGUCCCCUGAACGUCAGCCGCACCCUCUGGUCGCCCAAGGUCUUCGUAUCCUCGACAAGCUACGACUAGCAAAAGUAACUACCGAUGAAAAGGGCCAGUUUGUGGAGACAAGCAAUUUCACCAUCCUCAACCUCUGGCUCGUUUGGCGUGGGCCUCUUCGUGAAGAUCGGUUGGCUUUCGAGGUAACCAUGCUCCAACUUGUUGUUGGGCUCUUUGGUUUAUUUGUGAGGCACCGUCUAGCAUUGUUGGUUUUUAAGGAAGACAACUGGGGGACAACGGCACAGUAUUGA